ACGCCAUCUCCGCAAUGAUCGGGAAGUGAAGGAGCUGACAAAGGAUCUUCCUUCUGCUCUCUAUCAUCCAGUGAUCCAAUAUGCAUAGGAUCAAGUACACCUUCAAUAUAUUUUUUACUUGGCGGAAAUGCAAUAUCACAUAUUGACUGACAUAAGUGAAAGCCAUCUACGUGAAAAGCAAGCUGCGUUUCGUCGACAUCGCGACUGCAUUGCCCACGUCUGUCUGGUUGGUCCUGAAGACUAUGCGCAUGUUUGGUUGGAUACACUGGUUCACAUGGGGAAGAACCGAUGACGAUAGCGUCUUUGUUCUUGUUUCACUGCGUUACACAUUGUUGUCAUGGUCAUUUUCUCUUGCACUGCGUGUAAUGAGCCUUUACGAAAGCAAGUGGUGGAAACACAUUUUACGCGUUGUCGUGGUUGCAGAGCCAUAUCCUGUAUGGAAUGCCACAAGGAUUUUGACCGUGAUUCCUAUAAACUUCAUGCUACAUGCAUUUCUGAGCUAGGAAAGCAGAACAAACGGCGCUCUGCAGCAAAUCACAGCAUCGAUUGGACAGAAGUUAUCAAGGUGGCCAUUGAUAAAUGUCCAUCCACUGACCUUCGUAUCCGUCCAUUUUUGGAGGGUCUUUCAAAUUGCCCCAACGUCCCCACGAAGCAAAAGAAAUUUGAAAAUUUCAUGCAAUCUAAGUAUCCACGUUUGCCUCCUGAAUUGAUUAGUACCAUUUGGAACAUGUUGUCAACAGCCAAAUCCUCGUUAUCGAUGUCUUGUUGUCCCAUCAAACAAAGCCGAUCUGAUAGCAAUGCUCGCGAACUUGAAAGCUCCCGCACUCCUGCUGUAUCUCCUUUUGAUCUCCACACUGCCGCAUCAAAUGCCCUUGCAGGCAACGUUGGCCCUAUGAGUUUAACAGUUUUAAUUCGAAAGUUAUAUCCCGAAUAUCAGUCAUUUGUUUCAUCCGCAGAAAUUGCCUGGACAAAGCAUCAAUUCAAACAGGAACUCAUUCUUUUCCUAGAGUCUAGUAAUGUUUUCGACUUUUGUCCCUCCACUGGCCUUGUGCAACCCUCAAGAAAAGAUCUGAGUUUCACCAACGGCUGUGAUUCAGCUUCUCCGGGCACGAAGCCGAUCAGGAUAUCCCGCUUGGUGACCGAUGUACUCAUCUCAAAAAAUGGCCGUGUCCGGCUGAAAAGACUUAAGAAAAUGCUCUGCCAUUCUGAUGCUGUCCUGCAGCUUUCGGAAGAACAAAUUCUUGGUCGCUUGGAGAAAAAGCUACGCAAGGGAACUCGCUUUCGUCUUUCGGACGACGGUUACUACGUAUUACUGAAUGAAAAUAUGGGACUCACAUGAAUUGGGGACUAAUCAUAAAAACAAAUCAUUCUUCCAGCA